GGUUUCUUCUUCUCCUCCUCCUCCUCCUGUCAAGAUGGCGGACCGUCGGCGACAACGAGCCUCGCAGGACAGCAGCGAAGAGGACGAGUCUGACUCGCCGCCCGGCAGCGGCGCUCCUUCCCCGCGCGGCACUCACCGCCUCGGCACGGCCGGGUCGGUCGCCGGCGCUCCCGGGAGCGGCCAAGGCGACGCGGAAGCGGUGGUGGAGGAGGCCGUCGCCGCCGAGCCGGUGGUUGGUGGAGCCAGCCCGGCCGACUCGGAGUGUGAAAGCGAAGACGGCAUAGAAGGAGACGCUGUUCUCUCUGACUAUGAAAGCGCUGAAGAUUCUGAGGGCGAGGAGGGGGAAUACAGUGAGGAAGAAACAUCUAAAGUGGACCUGAAGCAGGACAGCAAUGAAGCCAACGGACUGGCAACAAAGACAGACAAAGGGGGUGAAAAACCAGUGCCUAAAGGCACAGUGGCGGGCGAGAGGCAAAGCGGGGAUGGACAAGAAAGUACCGAACCAACUGAGAACAAAGUUGGCAAGAAAGUUGCCAAGCAUUUGGAUGAUGACGAGGACCGGAAGAAUCCUGCAUACAUCCCUCGAAAAGGCCUCUUCUUUGAGCAUGACCUCCGUGGGCAGACCCAGGAAGAGGAAGUCCGUCCCAAGGGUCGGCAGCGUAAGCUGUGGAAAGAUGAGGGGCGAUGGGAACACGACAAGUUCCGAGAAGAUGAGCAGGCACCAAAAACGAGACAGGAACUGAUUGCGCUGUAUGGGUAUGAUAUCCGCUCAUCCCACAACCCUGAUGACAUCAAGCCCAGGAGGGUGCGCAAACCAAGGUUUGGGAGUCCACCUCAGAGAGAGCCGAAUUGGGCUAACGAGCGGCCCAGUAAGCCCCCACGACACCAGAGCCUUGACAGUACCCCGGUGCCUCCCCGGACAUUCAUCAACCGGAACGCAGCGGGGACAGGACGCAUGCCCCUGCCGAGGACUUUCCCGAGGCCCGGCGGCUACAAAGAGACCCGGCCGAGCUACCGUGCCGUGGAUGCGAGCAGCCAGCAUGCGCCGCGUUUCAGCGAGCACUCCAAGCACGAGAGCAAUUACUGGGCCCGGCGCUCGGAGCCCGUCCCAGCACGAGACCCUUCUCCCGAGCCAGAGGUCAUGCACGUUCGCAGCAGCCCUGUUAAAAAGGAAGAGGUUCUUCCAGAAAGCCCAACAGCUCCUGCGGACACUCUGCAGCCUCCUCCCGAUAAGCCCGUAGAGAAGAAGUCCUAUUCCCGGGCAAGAAGGAGCCGGACCAAAGCAGGCGAGACGGGGAAAUUGGCGGAUGAGAUCCCACCUCCGUCCGGGUUCACUCCCGCACCACUGAAAACUGCAGAGGUGAUGCCAUCCUCUUCGCCAGCGAAGACUGAGAACUGGGAAGUGCCUGUCGAAGCCAGUCUAGACGACCUGGAGCAGGACAUGACCCAGCUGAAUAUAACGGAACAAAACUGGAACCAAGGGCAGCCCCAGUUCAUACAGCCGCAGGGUAUUCCGAAUCAGAUGCAUAUUGGAGCAGCCCCACCUCCUCAGUUCAACCGGAUGGAAGAGAUGGGAGUCCAGGGGAGCCGUGCAAAGCGUUACUCAUCGCAGCGCCAGAGGCCCGUCCCGGAGCCUGCUCCACCCGUGCACAUCAGCAUAAUGGAAGGGCACUACUACGAUACACUACAGUUCCAGGGCCCAAUCUACACCCACAGCGAGAACCCUGCCCCGCUGCCUCCCCAGGGGGUGAUCGUUCAGCCCGAAAUGCAUCUCCCCCAUCCAGGGUUGCACCCCCACCAGGCACCUGCGCCAUUGACUAACCCCGGCUUGUUUCCUCCUGUCUCCAUGCCUCCCGGGCAGCAGCCCCCACCCCCACCCCAGCAGCUGCUGGCGCCGACUUACUUCUCUCCUCCUCCAGGAGUGAUGAAUUUUGGCAAUCCCAGUUACCCUUACCCUCCGGGAGCUCUCCCGCCACCCCCGCCUCCUCAUCUCUACCCCAACGCUCAAGCCCAGUCUCAGGUGUUCGGAGGGGUCACCUAUUAUAACACGUUUCAGCAGCAAGUCCAGCCAAAGCCGUCUCCUCCCCGAAGAACCUCCCAGCCCGUCACCAUCAAGCCCCCUCCCCCCGAGGUGGUAAGCAGGGUUCCCGUUAACGUUUCUAAACACUUUUGAAGGACAGCAGAAAUGAAAAAUCGAAAGAGAGGAGCAACACCUAAGGACUCUGCGUUUUGCUGGUUUUCAGUGAGGUGCCAGGGCUGGCAUCUAGGGCAGGCAGAAGGCAUCUCCCGGGCGCGGAGCCCUUCCUUUCCCCUUGGUUAACAGGUGAUGCAAGCGGAUGCAGGCGCUCCUGCCGUGCCAAACCGUGUCAGUAUUGAGAUUGGGGCCAGGUUGUCCGUCAGGAGAGCAUCAGCGAAACUCGCAUCUCUUUGCAGCCCCCGCCCCGGAGGAUGGUGAAAAGACUUGACUGGGGUGUCAAGGUGUAUCUGCUCACAGAGAGGGGGAAAUGGUUCUCCUUGUUCUGUUCUCUUCCAUGUGUAUUGGGUCGUCCCCGUCCGCCCCGCCCGGUGUUGAACUAAAAUUUCCCCAAUUCUUCCUUGUGUUGAACUUCCCAUUUUGAAGAACUUAACUUUGCUUCUCCCCCCCCCCCCCCCCCCUUCUGUUAAACCGGUCGUUUGCUUUCUUGAAGUUGGCAUGACUCUGUUCUCCAUGGCCGUCCCUCCCCAGUGAUAACAAUUUUUAAAACAAGUCAUGUGUUUUUUUUGACGUGUGUUCUUAGGUUCUUGCAUUGAAAUUUAUCACGGGGUCUGGGAAAAGAGCCGUUGAAUCGGAGAACACCGUGUGUGUGUGUGUUUCUUGCCAGUUACCACUUUUUACUUUGGGGGAGUCCGUCUGGGUUAGAAUAAGCUCCAGCAGCAGCAGUUGUCUCGAUGCCCUCAAAUUCUUCAUGCUCUCCGAUUGGCUUUCUUAGCCACAACCUAAUUCUAGCUCCACCCCUCCGCCCCAGACUAAACAUCCUCGAAUAAACCUACACCCAUGUGAGGAACAGGUAAGUUGGUCUCAACCAGCCCCGAUGCUGGCCCUUUUUUUUUUGGGAGCGCUGAGCGAUUCCUUGCAAGUUGCCAGCUGGCUCAGUGGCCCCCUUCGCAGUGUCGGUCUUGCCAGCCCAGCUGCAUGGCUUCUGUUGACUUUUCUGCAAUUGGUACCUUUUUUUGUUCUAAAUUCAGUUUCUGAACUACGCAAGGGAGGCAACGCUCGAUUGACCAACCUUCGGCUACGUGUCCUGGCUGAAGGAAGUAUCUAGGAUUGGCGUCAGCUUAAAGUUUCUGACCCGUCUGCUUCUUAUGGAUAGUCGUUUCAUGCACGUGUAAGUUUCCUAACUUCAAGCACCAGGGGCCAGUGAACUUCCUUUGUUGAAAUCCACUAAUCCUUUAAAGUUUUAAUUUUGAACAAGUACAACUGGCAUUUUUGAAGGGGAAAAGCCCCUUUAUGUUCUCAGUGUAUUUGGUCCCCAUCUCCCCCCCCCCCCCGCCUUAACGCUUGAACUGUAACAUAUCAGUCUUGGAAAUUUUUAGACCUAAACACACUGUGAUGGCUAAUUUGUUUUUGUUAAUAAAUUUGUUUUUUGU